AUGGCUGCUAUUGCACCAGAUUUAGUUUCUGACUCGUACAUCGAGAUAUUUGAAAUUCCCAAUGAACGCAAGGUUCAUGGAAAGUCAUUCCCUCUGGGAGUUAAAGUCAAGGACGGUGCUCCGUUCAAGGGCUUAAACGAUGCUAUUACCCACAUAGAAUCGUUGGCUGACAGAGGCACAUUCAACACUCUACUUCGUCGACAUGGAGCAAUUCUAUUUCGCGGGUUUCCAAUAAAGACGGCAGAGGACUUUUCUUCUUUCACCAAGGUUUUCAAAUACCCUCGACCGCACCAAGAAGUCGGUCUCUCAGGUAAAAGGACCACCGUCGGAGAUAACAUCAAGACUGCCAACGAAGAACCGCCGAACAUCAAGUUCUAUUAUCACAAUGAGUAUGGGAGAAGCGCUCAUUUUCCAGGAAUUCUGUUCUUUUACUCCCAGCAGGUCCCAGAGCAAGGCAAGCGCCAUCAAGGCAUCACUGGUCGGCAAUAUUACCCUUCGAAGGAAGACCCCGAAUCCAAAACCGUCGGCUGGAAUUGGCAAGAUUCAUAUGGCUUCGACAUCUUGCCAGAAGAUUCUCUUGAGACAAAGCGAAGGAAAGUUGAACAUGUCCUGAAAACACGCCUGCAGGCCGACGCUGAAUGGCAGGAAAACGGCGCCGUUCAUGUUGUGCAGAGCCUUCCUGCAUUUCGACGAAUAGCCUCCACCAACCAAGUUGUGCCUUUCAACGGACUCGGCGGCGUAUAUGGGCGGCAAAGGGAUAAAAAGGCGUUGGAGCCGCCACAUAAAGGUACUGAUGGCAACUACCAUCUGCCUACGACAUAUGGUGACGGAUCCCCAAUUCCGAGGAAGUACCUGGAACGGUUAUUGGAGAUCUCGGACGAAAUCGGCUUCUUGGUCCCGUGGGUAGAGGGGGAUGUUGCUUUAGUCGACAACUACACAGUCCAGAAAACAGAUUCGUAUAUGCUUAUUCUCUAA